CUGCGCGGACCGGCGGCGGCGGACCCCCCAGGAGGGCUGGGGUUGAGCCCGGGUCCGGAGCGGGGGCUCCGGGAGGACCAUGCCCGGAGGCCGGCGGGCCGCAGCAUGGCUCACGGACCCGGCGCGCUGAUGCUCAAGUGCGUGGUGGUCGGCGACGGGGCGGUGGGCAAGACGUGCCUACUCAUGAGCUAUGCCAACGACGCCUUUCCGGAGGAGUACGUGCCCACCGUCUUCGACCACUACGCAGUCAGCGUCACCGUGGGGGGCGAGCAGUACCUCCUGGGACUCUACGACACGGCCGGACAGGAAGACUAUGAUCGUCUGAGGCUUUUAUCUUAUCCAAUGACCGAUGUCUUCCUUACAUGCUUCUCUGUGGUAAAUCCAGCCUCAUUUCAAAAUGUGAAAGAGGAGUGGGUACCAGAACUGAAGGAAUAUGCACCAGAUGUACUCUUUUUAUUAAUAGGAACUCAGAUUGAUCUCCGAGAUGACCCCAAAACUUUAGCAAGACUGAAUGGUAUGAAAGAAAAACCUGUAUGUGUGGAACAAGGACAGAAACUAGCAAAAGAGAUAGGAGCAUGCUGCUAUGUGGAAUGUUCAGCUUUAACCCAGAAGCGAUUGAAGACUGUUUUUGAUGAGGCUAUUUUAACUCCAAAGAAACACACAGUAAAAAAAAGAAUAGGAUCAAGAUGUAUGAACUGUUGUUUGAUUACGUGAAACAUCUUCCGUGGUCAAGGAACUGUCCGUUUCUCUCAGAAAGCAUAUGAAAUGCCACAGCUACACCAAGACCUCUGAGAAUGAAGCAGUUUAAAAUUUGAAAGAAAAAAAUCCCACAACCCUGUCCUCAGAAUUCUGUCAAGUUCACUAAGAAUGUUUCUUAAAGGUAGAAGAGCAGCAGACAGCAUCUGAAGCCACAAUCUAUUAUAAAUACUUUAUUUCAACUAGAAGGUACAAUCUCUCAGGGGUUUCAUAGUUUAAAAAGCUACAAUCACAUCAUGUUGUAACUACAUAAAAACAGUGCUGUGAAUGGAACUGCCUGGCUUAGACCGCAUGCAUUUCUGCACAGUCUUUAUGGAAUCUGCACAAAGAAAUAUCUUCUCCCUUUGCUUCAGUUAAUUGUUCUUCUUUGUAAGUUGCUUUCUAUUCCAGUAUAUCCAGAGUGGCGAAAUAAUAAGGCCAGCCAUGUAGCCAAAGGUCGCUCCGAGUGUACAGGAGAUGGGCCAUACCUGAGGAGAGAAUGUAUGAGAUCAGAAAGAACAGAUGUUUUAUUACCACCUGAGCACAAGUUAAGUGUAACCUAAACAUUUCUAUAUUAAAGCCUAAUGUGCUUUCUUAAAGAACGCCAAAAGUGUAAUAAGGUCAUAACUGCAUUUAUCAUGAACACUAACAAUGUACGUAUUUUAGUUAAUGUGCAUUUAACUGUAACAACGCUUCUGGCGAUUGUAGAUUUAGUUUGAUGCUCCCCAAACUGCAUGAGAUACAUGCUAAAAUUACAAAUUAAAAUUUUG